GAGACACGAAGCGCAGCCCAGCUGAAGUUCAGCCCCACAGACAUGCAUUGCAGGUGAGAUAUGAAUGUACACGUUGAGCUGAACGUGUUUGCUUGCAAAGGGGUAGACGAAAUCAAAAAUGCGACAGAUGGUCGGGCCCGCUGCGAAAAUGCAGUUUCUUUUUGUUUAUAAGUACAUUUUCAUGUCAGUCUGUGUCCGAAGAAACGCUGGUGCAUGGGCGGUGACAUCAAGCUGCUCGGCCACUCUUGACAGAAUUCUUGGGAUCCCCUGCCAUUCAUUUGUGACAGGUGUAGGACUGAUUACAUAUCGGCGGACUAUUAUAGCACGACGCACCAGGUCACUGACAACGAGUAACACAUACUCCUGGUGGGCCUGGCGUCGCUCACAAUACACUUUGUCAAUGUAUUGAAACUACAGCCGAAGUAAUGAAAGGCAGCGCGUGGCCCCUCAGCGGGGCUGCGCUCGGGCUCAGUUUGUGUGUGGCGCUCCUCCUCGCGGCUGGCGCGUCGGCCCAGCUCUACAUCACGGACGUGGAUCCAACUAGCGGCAGUCUUGGUGGAGGCACCAGAAUGGUUAUUCAGGGAAGCGGUUUCAGCGAGGACCGUUACACCGGCAGCAACGUGGUCUUCAUCGGAACGUAUCCAUGCACCGUUAUUAACCACCUCACGUCUGACUCCGUGAUCACCUGCCUCACGUCGCCUGCCCCACUGGAGGGCAAGUACGACAUCACGGUGGUUGUGGACGGCCUGGAUAGUGUGACGUACUCAACGCCGUACUCAUACGACAUGGACUACACACCCACCCUCAACUUCGUGUUCCCCUCCGCGGGGCCGCCCGGGGUGAACCCGUUCGUGUACGGCACGCCCACCUGGGGGAUCAACAACGAGUGCUCCUCCAACGCCGACACGGGCUACAUGUACAGCAGCACGCCGGCCUGCGUGGAGUCGGUGCUGGCAGGCGACUACAGCGCCACACUGCCCUCGGGUGCAGAUGGGUACACCUACCUUGGCUAUCUGAGCUACUACACCUCGCUGUACCGGAUCAACUUCACAAUGCCGCUCGACAACACCGGCAUGGGGCUGGAGGGGCUGGGCACCGCCGGCAACAUGAACUUGACGAUCAGCUUCGGCGGCAACGCAUACGGCAGCCAGCCGUACGUCGCCCGGUCGGCCUACCGUACGGGCCUGUCCGACAACCUGCCGUACAUGUACCAGCAGUACGCCGAGGUGGCGUCCGUGUCGCCACAGACCGGCUCGCGCGCCGGCGGCACCGUGCUCACCAUCACUGGCCGCGGCUUCCCCACGCUGACUCCCGACUCCACGGAGACGGUGACAGUGACGGCGGCGGGCGCGCCGUGCCGCGUGCUAAGCUCCAACUUUACAACUGUGCUGUGCGAGACGGGCCCGGCCAGCGUGCUGGUGCCUGGCUACCGGGCGCCGGUGCCGGCGGGCGGCCUCAAGGGGCUGUAUCCGGCCAUGCGCGGCAUCGAGUACGAGCUGUACAACGCGUCCAUCAACGCGAACUGCUCGCCAUACACCGAGGGCGGCGACGCCCUCAACCGGCUGUGGCGCUUCAACAACACCAUCAAGCUGUCUGACUGCAACAACAGCUACAGCCGCAUCCUCACAGGCGCCUGGGAGGCCCCGCCCGAGGACACGCAGCUCGAGCUGUCCACCUACAACACCAAGGCAUUCUUCAUCGCUCCGCGUGACGGCAACUACACCUUCCACGUGUCCUGCGAUGACCAGUGCCGCCUCAACGGCACCUACCAACUGGCCAACGGCACGGUGGUGACGGGGGUUCCGCUAGCGUACAUGCCGCAGUGGAGCAGCUUCAAUGAAUGGUUCAAAUAUGAUGAACAGAUGUCGGACCCCAUCCUGUUGAAGGCCGGCCAGGCGGUGCUAUUGGAAGCCACGGGUGCAAACAACCGCGGCCCUGGCGGCAUCCAAGUGGGCGCGACAGUUCCCAGCACCGUGGCAAGGUACAACUCGCUGCCGGAGAUUCAGACGAUCAACGUCAACGGCGCGGCCCUCAAUCGCAUGGUGGAGAUCAAGUACAUGUGGGGCGGCGGCUUCAAGCACGUGUACAACAUCACCGUGACCGCCCCAACGGUCGCGCUGCUCGUGAACUCUGAGGUUGGCGUGCGGGUCAACAUCACCAACUCGACCAACGCAGCCAAAAGGUGGGACCCCCGUUUCAUGCUCGACGACAAAGCCAGUGACAUCGCCAGAUCCUUCGCCUACUACCUCGGAAUCAGCGGCGACAGCGUGGGCGUGUCCAUGAGUAUUGUCGGUUCCACCAUGCGUCUUCAGGUCGGCAUCUCAGCGCCCGUUUUCGCUUCCACGAACUUCAACUUUAGCAUUGGUUUCUUCAUGGUGGCCCAACCGCCGUUCCCUCCCUCGCCGCCGCCGCCGGCGCUGGGAUGUGCGUACUUCAAUCCGCGCUCGCUUCGUGAGAUGGAGGCGGAUGCGCUGGCUGCCGACGGCAGCAGCUGGCUGGACCGCCGCAGCCUCAUCCCAAACAUCACUUCUUGGACGGUCACAAUCGCGGCCUCGGCGCCCGUGGCAGCGGUGACGCCCGGCGGCCAGUGGCGCCUGAUUUCGGGCGGCUCCGAGCGCGUGCUGGACUGGAACGCGGACGCCGCCACCGUGAACGCCGCCUUCGCGGCACUGGCCGGCACGGGCGUGGACAUUGCCUCCUCGUACUCGAAGGUGGAGGGCGCCUAUCUGACGAAUGUGUGGACGGUCGUGUACCCCAUCUGGAUACUGAACAACGUGCCAGCGGUCACGGUGGCCAACGCGAGCGGUGUGCCUGCCGGCGCGCGCGUGGUGAUGACCGUCCGGAAUGGCACCACGGCCCUGGGAGGCAGCUUCCGUGUCGCGUUUGGCAGCUACUGCGAGUCGGUCGUCAUCAAUUUGACGGAUAGCGCGGAUGAUGUUCAGGUCAAGCUGUCCACGCUGCCCGGCGUCAAGGCUCCUCUCUCCGUCGUUAAGACUGGAGCCUCGUACGGCGGAUCGAUAAAGUGGCGGGUUACAUUCGACCCUCAAGGCAACCCCGGCAACAUGCCCCAGCUGCGCGUGAUUGACGCCAAGAACGUGACCGGCACCGAUGUCCGUGUGUUUGUGGAGGAGACACUGCAGGGCAGCACUCGGCAGUUCUUUGCACCCAUCCCGACUGAGAUGACCGCUCUGGCUUCGACUGUACCCGUGGACCUUGCCGUGCGUGUCAACAACAUCCCUUCGGCCUGUGCCAGCCCUCGCGGCGCCGCCGGAUGCACCUUCACCUACUCGGCCGCGCUCACGCCCAGCAUCACCGCCGUCUCGCCCGCCGCCUACAUCUUCCCCUCCACAGCUGGCUUCACGACCCUAACCAUGAACAUCUCUGGGGCCGGCUUUAAUUCAUCCAUUGCAGGUAAUGCGGUGUCUCUGGACGAUGAUACGCAGUGCGCCGUCACCUUUGCAAGCGCCGGCCUCAUCACCUGCCAGCUGCCCAAUACGGGUGCGGGCGGCGCGCGGCUGGUCCGUGUGCGUGUGGCUGGCAAGGGCUUUGCGGGCUCUGCCAACACUGCCGUCGUCACCGUCAGUGUUCGCGUGCUGGCGGUGACUGGCGUGUCCCCGGCUGUGGUGUCAGCCACGGCCGGAGCCACAGUGCUCAACGUGACGGGGCGCGGGUUCGAUGACGUGGUGUGCGACCGCAACCGCGUCAGUGUGGGCGCGGCGGCGUGCGGCGUGCUCACGUGCGCCUAUGACCAGCUGCAGGUGCUGUGCGCCACGCCGGUCGUGGCCGGCGCUGCGCCCGCCUCGCCCACGCCCGUGCCUGUUGGCGUGCGUGUCUUUAACGCCGCCGGCGCCCUGCUUGACUUCUCUGACAACACCACCACGACCCUGGCGGACGCGGCAGGCCCUAGCAUUGCUGUCAUCACGCCCCUGUCCAUGGGCUCCUCUGGCGGCGUCAUCCAGCUCGCAACCACCGGCCUGGCGGCGCCAUUUGCGAACGGCACAGACAUCGGCCCCUUCCCACUCGUGUGGCUGGUGUCCGGCAACGUUGCGGCUGUCAACACCUCCUCCGCCACCGCAAUGGCCGCGCUGGCCUCGGCGCUAGACAAUGAGGACCUUCGCUACCCCUGCGCCAACGCCACGUACGACAACUCGACGGGCUUGAUCACCUGUACGGUGCCGUACGUUCCCAGUGGCACCUACAGCGUGGCGCUUGAGCCUGCGCCGUACAACGGCGGGCUGAAUGUGACAACGUGGCUGUUGUCGCGGCAGGCCAUCGUGUUCACCAUGACCAUUGCCGGCGUGGCGCCGCAAGCGGGCAGCGUGGGCGGCGGCGUGGUGCUGGUUAUCAACGGGACGGGCUUCGCGCCCGGGGACCGCAUGCGCGAGAACGCGGUGUUCGUGACGGUGCCGGUGUCCACCACCUUCCUGAACGGCAUCGUGCCCUGUGAUGUCAUCAACGCCAGCACCACCGAAAUCCGCUGCCGCACGCGCGCUCACAUCGCCGCGGACGCGGACGCGACGGACCCUUUUGCACUAAAUGUUCAGCCCCGCGCAACCACCGCCAAUAGCGUCGUGGUGGUCGCGUGCGGCCAGUCCUUCAACUCCAGCGCGACAGUGGACGCGCUGCGUUUCUACUGCUGGGCUCAGCCCACGUCGGCGCGUGCUGUGUGCACCGGAACAGUGGGCGCCUGCACAUUCGCCUACACGUGGGCCGAGACCCCCAGCCUGACCAGCGUGGCCACCCCUAACAUGGAUGGUGUUGUGUUUCCCGGCGAUAACAUCACCGUCAAUGGCAUUCAGCUUGCGGACGUGGUGCAGCUGGACCUGCGCUCGCCCAACGGCACCACCAGCGGCUCCUGCGCCGGCGCCGACCUGACGCGCGGCGCCACCGCCGUGUCUUGCAACAUUCCCGCCGGCACCCCGGCCGGCGUCUACCAGGUGGUGCUGCUCACCAGCCGUGAGGGCCGCUCUGUGGACCCGCGCAAGGUGGGCCGCAUUGUGGUGACCGCACGCGUGGUGGCCGUGGCCGGCAGCGUGGGCUCGCUAGGCGGCGGCGGCAGCCUCACCGUCAGCCUCGCCGGCGCCAUCUUCAACACGUCCUUCCCCGACCGGAACACGAUUACGGUGGACACGCUGUCGUGCAACAUCACCAGCUUCAACGCCACCUCAGCCAACUGCACGCUGCCGCCCAUCAUCGGCAGCGUCAAGGCCGAGUUCUGGAACCUGCCCGCAGAGUCAUGGAGCGUUGACGUGAAGAAUUACACCAAGCCCGACUUCGUGACGUACUACCAAUCCAUCAGUAACGUGUGGUGGAGCACACCAGCGUACGCGAUGUGGCCGAGUGGGCUGAGCCCCGACCUCGACACCAUCUUGCCAGACUACUUUGGCGGCCGCUUCACCUUCUACAUGCGCGUCAACAGGACGGCGCGCUACUCUUUCGUCUUCAACUCGAUCGAUGACGUGGCCCGCCUCUAUGUGGACGACGUCUACAUUGGCUACCAUGGCGAGCAGCCGCUGCGUGUCAACCUGACCGCUGGCAGGCCAUACAAGUUUGAGGUCAUGUACUACGAGAACUUGGGAGGCACUUCCAUCAGCAUGGUGUGGGACGCUGGUGAUGGCGGGGCCAUCGACCGCGCUCUGCCGUGGGGCACUGUCAGCCCGCAGCCGCCCGCCGCGCCUAUCGACGUCACCGUGACCAUCAACGGCGUGCCGGCGGUCAGCGCCUGCCCCGCUCAGGAUCUAAACCUGACAAUGCCCGGCACCUCGCCCUCGCCAAUUCCUGGCGAGCCUGCGGUCCUGUCCCUGCCCAAUAACACGUGCGCCUACGUGUUCACUGGCUACCGCACGCCCACCAUCCUCGCCGCCAGUGGCCUGCCGGCGGUGCUGCCAGGAGUUGUCAGCUUCACGGGCAACUUCCUCACCACGGCCGUCGCGGACUUCAGCAUCACCGUGUCUGGUCAGAACUGCACCGGCAUCGUGGUGCGGGCGGCGGGCGCCGGUUUCCCCACGGGAUCCAGCAUCGUGAGCUGCACGCUGCCGUCGCUGCCGGGCCGCGUGUCGAAGCCCAUUCUGGUGUCGGUGGCGGGCCGCGGCGUGGCACGUGCGGGCCGGGACCUGGACGCGUCCGCGCUGUGGCCGUCGUUUCCACUGGCCAUCACCAGCAUCGUGCCCGACUACACCUCGCACUUUGGUGGCUUCGACAUCUACAUCAACGGGUUUGGCUUCGUGCCGCUGACCGGCCCCAUGGCCAACAUGGGUCGCCAGAUGCGUGUGGUCCUAGGCGGCGGCACCAACCCGGGCAACCUCACGACGGUGCCCAUGCCCAUCGUGUCCGCCUCCACCACCCAAAUCCGUAUCAAGUUUCCCCGCAUCCUGCCCGCGCCCGGCUACAUUGCCGACUUCAACAUCUGGAAGUCCAUCACGGUGGUACUGGUCGACCAGAACACCGACAGUUCAAACUGGCAGAGCCAAUGGGAGGCUAUUCAGUUCGACCGCACCAGCACACCCGUAUUCAACGCGACCACCCAAGCCGUGGUGCCGGCCGUCACAUCUCUUGGCGCUGUCAACGCAACCACCGUCAACCUGUCCUACUCCAUCUACUACGGCUGGAGCAUAGCGGUGAACGCCACACCGAUUGGCAACUUCAGCCGCAUGAGUGUGAGCCUGACGCCCACGCCCACGGCCCUGCCGGCGGCGCUGAACUACACCGGCGUAUUCCCCGUGUGCGUCAACGCUACCGUGACCAACUCUAGCUGGGUGCGCCCCGUGUACCGCGAGUCGCUCAGCUGCACACUGCCCGCCGGCACCCCUGCCAACGUCUACACCGCCUGGAUCUGCCAGCCAGGUGGCACGCUGGGCACAGGUUGCAGCCCCGCGCCCGGCACUGUGACGGUGCCGCUGGUGCUGACAGGAAUCAGCCCGCGCAAGGGCAGCUAUGCAGGCGGCAUGUCGGUGUUUAUCCAAGGCCGCGGCUUUGUCAGCAACCCGGCGCUCAUCCAGGUCUUCUUCGGCGACGUUCCCUGCAACGUCACGGCCGCAAACAACCUCGGCGUGACCUGCCUGCUGGGAUCCGCGCUCCCUGCCAUUCCCACCGGCUCCAACCCGAUUGCAUUGAUGCCCUCCAAGCCGCUCCUAGCCGGCCUGCGCAUCAGCCCCGCUGACGGCGCCCCCCUUGUCAACUACACCUCCGCCAACGUGACCUUCACCUUCGAUCCGGUGCAGACGCCGGUGGUGAUCAGCGUGUCCAUGACGCGCGGCUCAACAGAGGGCGGCACACAGCUGGAGUACGGGCUGAUCAACAUGGCGGGCGUGUUUGCACAGAACGUGACGGUCCUGCUCGGUGACAACAUCACCUGUACCAACCUGACGCUCACGCCUGGCUAUCUGUCCAGCGGUGACCUGGGCGCAGUCGUGCGCUGCCUCACGCCAAAGCCGCCGACGCGCCAGAUCGGGCCCAAGCCAGUGCGCAUUAUGAUCACCGGACGUGGCAUGGCGGCCUGCUCCGCCACGUAUGAGUAUGUGGACCUGUGGUCCCGCCGCACCACCUGGGGUGGCGGCGCGCCACCCGUGGAGGGCUCUCUGGUGUCCAUCCCGCCCGGCAUCAACGUAAUGCUGGACGUCAGCCCGCCGCUGCUGGGCGCGCUGGUCGUUGAGGGCCGCCUCACCUUUGACGAGUCGCUUACAGACGAGAUCGAGCUGCGGGCCAACUACAUCAUUGUUCGUAACGGUGGCGUCCUGUCCGUGGGAACGGAGGACGUGCCGUACGGUGGCAAGAAGGCCAAGAUCACGUUAGUGGCGCGGCCGCACGAAAUCCUGGAGCUGCCGCUGUACGGCGGCAAGGCGCUGGCGGUGCGCGACGGCCUUGUGGUUUUCCACGGACAGCACAAGACUCCGACGUUCACGCGGCUGACGCAAACGGCCGACGUCAACUCAACCGUCCUGAACCUUGCUGGCGUGGUGAACUGGGUGGCGGGAGAUGAGAUUGCCGUUGCCUCAUCUUCCUUCUUCACUGAUGAGUCUGAGACGGCCAUCAUCGUGUCUGUGGAGGUCGACGACUACUACAACGUAAGCACCAUCCGCAUCGACCGCAAGCUCAACUUCACGCACCUGGGCGUGGUCGAGGAGAUCGCCGGCGGCGCGGCGGGCGCGUCCAUCGACAUGCGCGCCGAGGUGGCGGUGCUCACACGCAAUGUGGUCUUCCAGGGUGACGAGGACAGCGAGCGCUACAUGUUCGGCGCGCAGAUCAUGGUGAACACGCCCUCCACCCGGCCGCGUGCCAACAUCCGGUUUGAGCAGGCGGAGUUCCGGCAGACGGGCCAGGCAUUCCGCCUGGGGCGCUACUCGAUCCACUUCCACAUGCACGGCGAUCUGGCGUACCAGUCCUGGGUCAAGGGCUGCGCCAUCCACCACACCUACAACCGCGCCGUCACCAUCCACGGCAGCCACCGCGUCAUCCUGCGGGACAACGUCGCCUACCAGUGCAUGGGACACACGUUCUUCCUGGAGGACGGCAUUGAGACGGGUAACAUUAUUGAGGGCAACCUGGGCUUCUCCACCAAGGCCUCGCCGGCGCUACUCAACACCGACACCACGCCCGCCACCUUUUGGAUCACCAACCCCAACAACACCUACCGCAACAACGUCGCCGCCGGCUCGGACGCCUAUGGCUACUGGGUGCGACUGCUGGAUCACCCUGAGGGCCCCUCCUACACCACAUCGGUGUGCCCCAAGUUCACGCCGCUGGGGCGCUUUGAAAACAACGUGGCGCACAGCAACAUGUUCUACGGCCUGCGCGUGCACCCCGAGUAUUACCCCAAGAAGGAGCCGUGUGCGGACAACAAGUUCCAACAGGUCCCGGCCGUGUUUAAUGGCCUAACCACCUACAAGAACGGCGUCAAGGGAGCCAUUGCCACGCAGGUGGGUCUGGUGGUGUUCUCAAACAUCACGGCCGCGGACAACGGCGCCGGCCCCAAGAUGCACAUUGUGAACGGCAAGGACAACGGCGCCGGCAUUGAGUUCUCCUGGAUUGUGGACGACCGCAACCGGGCCAACGUACCUCUGGACUUGAUGGCUGGCCUUCGUGACUCCAUCAUUGUCAGCCGCACAGUGGGUGGCUUCGUGGGCACCGCCGGCCAGUGGCCUGCUCGUGACCGCAAGAUCACCGGCAUCAUCACCCAGAGCCCGCCGCUGGGAGAUCCCAAGCACAGUGCGCUGCUGUCCAUCACCAACGUCACCUUCGUGGACUACACCGGCGGCCAGUUCUUCGCGCUGGAGGGCUGCGGCAAGUGCAAGACGUUCCAGGGCGGCGCCACCUCUUUCAUGAAGCAGCUGCGCUUCGUGCAGUCCAACGCCGGCAGCUACCCCGCCCUUUCAUCCUGGAGCUACGGACACCAGGCCGUGUACCUGGACACGGACGGCUCGCUGAUCAACAGCCAGAACCUGCCGCCCGAGCUCAUGUCGGCGCUGCCCUGGAGCCUGGCCACGCCGGGCGGCACGUGGCACUCAGCUGUGGAGAGCGAGCUCUUUGACCCGGCGGAGUGCGUGUACGUGCGCGGCAAGGGCACGUCCAAUGACGGCGCCAUCUGCAGCCCAGACUUGGUGUUCAGGCGCAUAAUGCUCAACGAGCACCUGCCCACCAGCAUCGAGUUCCGCGACCUGCGCGUGACCAGCCUGGCCACCAACCGCACCUCGCUUGUGCACUUCACCAAGUACAACGAGAAGGGCUACCAGUUCACGGCCGCCACGCACCGCGACUACUGGCUGCAAUGGGAGAGCCCCUUUCGAGUGGACCCCACCACCGCGCGCUUCCACAAGAUGGAUCUGAUGAACGACACUGACGGUUGGAUCCACAUGAGCUUCAAGUUCCUGGCCCGCAACGACCGCGUGGAGGUCAACGGCGCCGUCACUGCGGGCGCCUACCCCGGCCCGCCGCCUGAGGGCGCCCCGCACGGCUCCUCCUACUACAGCAAGCUGCUGCAGCCCAACUCCUGGUGGUGGGGCAACUUCACCUACAACGACACCAAGUUCACCAUGUACAUGGCGGGCGACCAGGACGACAUCCUGCGCGUGACGCCGCAAGCCUGCCCAGUGACCGGCUGCACGUUUGACUUCAACGUCACCGCUGACCUGCGCGGCACUCUGUUCUGGAGUGACGACAACACGUGGCUCAACCGCGCGGGCGGCAAGCCCAAAGCCGGCGAGAACGUGACGGUGCCGUUCGGCUGGAACCUGAUCCUCGACGAAGACACACCGCCGCUGGCGGACGUCGUGGUUCUGGGCAACCUGACGUUCGAGACGGCGAGCAGGAACGUGCUCACUGCUAACAACAUCUUCGUGGCGGCGGGCGGCCGCCUCAGCGCAGGCGCGCCCGGCACGCCACUGCCGCCUGCCGCCCGCGCCACCAUCCGCCUGAGCGGCUACCGUGGCGAUGCCAGCCGCGCCAUGGCCUCAGACCUUGUGUUUGGUUCCAAGUUCAUUUCCGUGUUCCGUGGCGGCACCCUGGAUCUGCACGGCUCGAGUGUGGGCAGUCGCUGGACGCGGCUGGGUGCAACCGCCGCCGCCGGCUCCAACUACCUGGUCCUGGACCCGCCGCAGCCGGGCUGGGCCGUGGGCUCUAGCAUUCUGGUCACCUCCUCCUCCUACAACGUGUGGCAGGCGGAGGAGCGGACCAUCACAGCGGUGCAGAACAACGGCGGCACCAUCUUCCUGGACUCGCCACUGGUGCACCCGCACUACGCCUUCACCGCGUCCUUCUCUGGCGCCCCCACGGUUGUGGACAUGCGUGCCGAGGUGGCUCUGUUGAGCUCGAAUGUGGUGUUGGAGUCGCUGGAGGGCACGGGGGUGGAAGCGGCGGUGGGCGGGGAGCGCUACGGCUGCCGCGUCAUUGUGAACGGCGCCUCAACCGCGCGCAUCAGCAACACGGCGCUGCGCUACUGCGGCCAGGCCGGCCUGGACCGCGCCACGAUCCUGUUCGACCGCCUGACAGCGCUGCAGGGCGGCGCGCCGAACCCCAGCUUCGUUGCAGACAGCGUCCUGUACAAGUCGCAGGAGGCCGCGGUGUUCGUCGACGGCGACAACUUCACCUCGCCCAUCACCUUAUCGGGCAACGUCAUCUUCGGCUCCUACGACAAAGACACAGUGGAGGUCAUGACAUCGGGCAACCUCAUCCGGGGCAACCUGGCUCUGGGCCUCGUCAAGAUCAUGGACGGCGUGUCAGGCUUCGACACGCGCCUGCCGGCGGUGUUCAACUUCCACAGCGCCAGGAACAACGUCACCGGCAACGUGGUUGCCGGUUCCGAGCGCCUCGGCUACCGCCUGGCCGGCCCGCCCUGCAGCGCCGUCAACACCACCAGUCUGGGCGUCGGCACGCCCUACGUCUUCCUAAACAACAGCGCGCACAGCACACUUGUCGGCAUGGUGCUGGAGGCGUCCAACGAGUCACUGGCGGAGGGUUGCACCGCGCUCGCCAACUUCACAAGCUACAUGGCUUGGGACUUCGACUUGCUCACACUCAAGGGCAUUGAGACGCACGUGCUGCUGCGCCGCAUCAACUCGCUCAAUCCCAAACACGCCGGCGUGCUGGUGCUCAAGGUGGGCGAAAUGACGCAAAAGGCAGAGGUGGAGAUGUUCGACAGCAUCAUCGCCGGCCGCACGCACCCGGAAGUGUGCGCCUUGUGCGAGCAGCAGGGCCAGCCUGGCUGUCACCCCAAGCUGAGCGUGCAGUCGUACAACUCCUGGAACCCCUUCACGCCGUCCGUGGGCCUCGUGUCCGCCACCUUUGCCACCGAGUUUACGCCCGGGCCCGAGCAAAAGCCAUGGGACGGCCUCAAGGGCUACCAGACUAUUCACGGCAUCAUGCGCGUGUACGGGACCACCUUUGCCAACUGGGCCGGCGCCUCGGCCUGCCCCGGCUCGGCCCAGGGCGCCUAUGCGCUGGCCAACCACCCCAAGGCGCCCGACGCAUUCCACCCGCACUACCUGUACCGCAGCAACGUGGUCAACGUGCGCAGCACCACCACGGAGAGCGGGCUGUUCCUGUUCACGGGGCCCAACCCCGACUGGCGCAACGAGGCCGACUGCGGUUUCCAGACCUACACCCAGCCCGACGGCUCCAUUUUGGAGCUCAACUGCGCCGGCCCCAAGCACGCGCAUUUCCGUGACCUGGACGGCACACUGCUGUCAGGACUAACCGGUGCGGGCUGGAACGCCACGGCCGGUGACACGGCGGUCGGCUACUUCGGCAGCCCCCGCAGCUUCCCGUAUGACCAGGGUACGCCGGUGAUCCCCGGCCCCUGCACCUUCCUGCCCGCAAUCGACGGCUACGCCUGCGCCGCCAACUCCUCGGCCUACGCGCUGCCCAACGCCGACAUGAAGCCGGUUGUCCCCGCGGCCGCGGGUGGUAUCGGCGGCAACCAGCAGCUGUUUGUGCUGGAGAGCCGCGACGCCGACACCGAGGAUCGCAACUUUGGACCCGUGUUCUUCAACGUCAGUGGCUCCAUCGACAUGACGGUCGUGGCGAUGGACCAGGGCUGGUGCUUCGCCUACACCUGCCAGAAGCGCCUGUCCACCUUCUGGACGUACCUGCCCAUCGGUCACGUGGUUGGCAUCAACUUCACCGGCACACCUGCCACGGUGUUUCGGACGUGGCUGCCGUACGCGGCGCCCGAGGAGGAGAUUGUCGUAGAGAUAUAUUACAUGAUGAUCCCUAACCGGCGCUUCGUGUGGCUUCCGGAGUCGGGCCGCGUGCCCGCUUCCAACUUCAAGCCGCGCCCCUACGACGGCGCCACCGCUCAUGGCGACUACUAUUGGGACCAGAACACCACCACCCUCACUGUCAAAAUCACCGGUGGACGCACGCUGGAGGUCCGCGGCGAGAACGCUGUGGUUGUGGGCUGGGGCCUGGCGCUCAGCAUCAACCAGUUCUACGACACGCAGGAACUGUUCCUGACAAACCUCGCCAACUUCCUGGGCAUUCCGCGCUCGCGCAUCUAUGUAGCCAAGAUUGUGCCGGGCUCAUCGCGACGCCGCGCGGCUCUGGAAGGCGGCAGUGGCGGCAGCAGCGGGUCACAGGUCGACAUCAUGAUCUAUGACGACCCCGCUACAAGCAACAACGACCCACUGCCGGAGCCUCAAAUUGACACGUCGGGCAACGUGGACUCGGAGUCUGCAGCGCCGCUGCUGGGCGCCAGUCAGUCGGAGCGCGAGGCCGCACGUGCCGAGGUGCUGGGCCAGCUGUCGCCGCCACCCAUGCCGCCCCCCAUGCCGGUGCUGCUGAACAUGGUCGUGUUCGAUCCGCCGGCACCGCCCAGCCCGCCCUCGCCGCCCCUUCCGCCGUCGCCGGCGCCGUCGCCGCCGCCGAGCCCCGCGCCUCCGUCGCCGGCCCCGCCCUCGCCGCCUUCACCUGCCCCGCCGUCUCCAACGCCUCCGGGUCCCCCGUCACCCAGGUUACCCAGCCCCGCGCCCCCACCAAGCCCCGGAAUAGCUGUGUCGCCACCGGUUCCGCCGUCGCCCGCGCCUCCUCGCCCCUCGCCUCCCGUCCCGCCGCCGUCGCCCGCCCCGCCAUCACCUCCUCAGCCGCCUGCGCCGCCGUCGCCUAACCCCAGCGGCGUCAGCUUCACGGCCGCGCUGUCCAACCUCAAGGCGCUCAUCGUAGAUACCAACACUGCCUCUGCUGUGCUGGGAGUGACGGUGGCGGAGGUGGCAGAUGUGCAAGUGCUGGCAGGAGUGUCUUCCAGUGAUGGUGGCAGCGGAGGAGCGGACGGCGGCUCAGGCACGAACGAUGAUUUCAACAACGGCGCAGGAGACCUGCUUAAGGCACUGGGGCGGGCGCCGCCCUCACCGGCACCGCCGUCGCCAGAUCCGCCCUCACCUCCCCCGUUGCCACCGCCGUCGCCACCGACGCCGCCCAGUCCUCGGCCACCCAGCCCACGGCCGCCUAGCCCACGGCCACCUAGCCCUGUGCCUCCCAGCCCUGUGCCGCCCAGCCCAGCACCCCCCAGCCCUCGUCCGCCUCUGCCGAGCCCACCAGCACCGCGCCCGCCGCGGCCGCUGCCGCCGUCGCCGCGGCCGCCGCGCCCGCCGUCCCCGCCCAGCCCGUCUCCUCCCAGCCCGAGGCCCCCGGCGCCGCCCAGCCCUUCCCCGCCAAGCCCACGGCCGCCAAGCCCGGCGCCGCCCAGUCCGGCACCGCCCAGCCCCGUGCCACCUAGCCCCGCUCCUCCCAGCCCGGCGCCACCAGGACCGCUCCCUCCCAGUCCGAGGCCCCCGGCGCCGCCCAGCCCUUCCCCGCCAAGCCCGCGGCCGCCCAGUCCCAACCCGCCGAGCCCAAGGCCCCCCGCGCCUCCGAGUCCGCCUCCCAAGCCCCCGGUACCACCGAGUCCUCCCCCGAAGCCGCCUGUACCGCCCAGCCCACCGCCGGCGCCACCCAUGCCGCCCCGGCCGCCAUCACCUUCGCCACCCAGCCCGCGGCCGCCCAGCCCUCCGCCGCGGCCCCCAUCGCCAACUCCGCCGAGCCCUAAGCCGCCCGGGCCUAGCCCGCCGCCGGCACCACCCAGCCCCUCGCCACCGAGCCCAGCACCUCCAUCACCGCCGUCGCCUGCACCGCCGGUGCCUCCCAGCCCUGUGCCCCCGAGCCCAUCGCCUCCCAGCCCCGCGCCACCUAGCCCAUCGCCACCCAGCCCAUUGCCACCGGUGCCGCCCAGUCCGCUGCCGCCGCGGCCUCCGAGCCCGACGCCGCCUUCCCCCAAGCCACCGCGCCCGCCGAGCCCACCGCCGGCGCCUCCGGUGCCGCCCAGUCCACCGCCGUCCCCACCAGUACCGCCCGGUCCGCCCCCUAAGCCCCCCUCGCCGCCGCGGCCUCCGAGCCCUUCGCCGCCCAGCCCGCGGCCGCCCAGCCCACCACCGCGGCCCCCAUCACCCACUCCGCCGAGCCCUAAGCCGCCCGGGCCGAGCCCACCGCCGGCACCUCCGGGACCUCCGACGCCGCCAUCCCCACCACCUACACCUCCCUCGCCAGAGCCGCCGAGCCCGGCUCCGCCGUCUCCUCCCGCACCUCCCUCACCACAGCCGCCGAGCCCGCAGCCGCCGUCGCCGGCCCCGUCGCCACUGCCGCCCAGCCCGUCUCCCCCCAGCCCGAGGCCACCUGUGCCUCCCAGCCCCUCGCCCCCCAGCCCUCGGCCGCCGUCGCCUGCUCCGUCACCGCGGCCGCCCAGCCCCUCGCCCCCCAGCCCUCGGCCGCCGUCGCCUGCUCCGUCACCGGUGCCGCCCAGCCCGGCUCCCCCCAGCCCGAGGCCACCUGUGCCUCCCAGCCCCUCGCCCCCCAGCCCUCGGCCGCCGUCGCCUGCUCCGUCACCGCGGCCGCCCAGCCCCUCGCCCCCCAGCCCUCGGCCGCCGUCGCCUGCUCCGUCGCCGGUGCCCCCCAGCCCGGCUCCCCCCAGCCCGAGGCCGCCGUCACCUGCUCCGUCGCCGGUGCCUCCCAGCCCGGCUCCCCCCAGCCCGAGGCCACCUGUGCCGCCCAGCCCCUCGCCCCCCAGCCCUCGGCCGCCGUCACCUGCUCCGUCGCCGGUGCCUCCCAGCCCGGCUCCCCCCAGCCCUCGGCCGCCGUCGCCUGCUCCGUCACCGCGGCCGCCCAGCCCCUCGCCCCCCAGCCCGCGGCCCCCGCUACCUCCCUCACCGCAGCCUCCCAGCCGGUCCCCGCCCACGCCGCCUCCGUGGCCGAAGCCCCCCAGCCCCGCGCCUUAACGGGCCUGGUGGUUAUGGCAGGCACACGGGUUGCAGCAUUCAUUUGAUGCUGUAACCGUGCAAAGCAGGGAUGGAUGCAAGGAAGCGCUCCUUGCGGGCUUGAUUGUAUUGUUGGCUUAUGAGCGUUCUCAUUCGAGCCAUGCCAUUGGCAUGUGCUGUAUAUAAUGUCAUUCGUUCAUUGUGAGCGCACUACUACCAUUGUGAGUACCUGAGGAAUCCAAAUGAGGACAGUGAGCGAGCAAGUGCGGCGUGGCCACAUCCGCAUGCAUGUACGCUUGAAGCACGUACUGAGAUUAAUCAUGUGCUGCACACAUUCAUGUACGUACCCUUUGUGUGCUUAUCACACCGCGCGUAUCUGCUUGCAACGCUAAAAGGGCUGACAGAGUUUUACUUGUGCACUGCACCGUGCCAAACACGCCGGACCUACCUAAAAAGGUCAUCGAUCCAUUCAUCCCCGCUGCCGAGCAUUAUAGAGGUGUGCUGCAAUGCACGUACUGUCAUACUUGGUUGGCGUUACGGAAGAUGUAUGCGCUGCGAACCUUGCGUUCCCUAGUAUGGUACGUGUUGGCGCUGCCAGCCAAGCCUCUGCGCAAUGGGGCGAGUGCUAGGCAAGCGUUGCGAACGAGAUCAGGAUGUAUGUAUGUGCGUGCGCGUGUGCGUACGUGUGCGUGUAUCUAUCUCUUCUUCUCCAUUCCAUUCAUGUUUGCUGCUUGCGUGGCGCUGGAACGCGCUGUACGCUGCUACUCCAAUGCCGGAUUCUUAGGGGCGGUAGCUUAUAUGUAGUUGGACCCGAAGGCAUAAUCAUUCACAUCGCGACUGCGUGCACGCUGGUUGGCGGUUGCACGACUGCAUACUUUGUAAUUGGGCAUGGAGGCAACACCUUUCUGAUUCCGCCUUACCCUUUGCAUGGGCGUAUGCGUAUCACCAACCAUGGUUCAGUCCCUUUCACAUCAUUCGCAACCACUGCU